AUGGUUGGUGACUCGUGGCAUCAUGCUAAGUGUUGCGAAAUUGGCCAUAACACCUACGAAGAUCUAGCGAACUCGUCUGUCCAUGAGCGUUAUAUUGCUGCUGAUCUACCUGAACUGGACUCUGACUGCGAAAUUGUAUGGGUUAAAUUCCAUAUUCAAAAUUCUAGACCAUUGUAUCUCUGUUCCUUCUAUAGACCACCUGAUAACAAUACAGAUCCUCUGGAUGCCUUGGAUGAAUCUCUACAGAAACUAUCCGUCCUGCAUGGUAAUGGGUCUCCAAACUUUAUCUUAGCUGGUGACUUUAACUUACCUGAUAUUGAAUGGGCUCAUGGCAGAUUGAAAGUCAACUCGUAUUUAUUCAUCAGCAAUGUUCGUACUGGCCCUGGUAUGAGUGACCAUGAUAUUGUUCUCGCUGAUAUUGAUAUCAAGGCCAAGAUCAACAAGAAACCACCACGAAUUGUAAGUCUUUACAGUAAAGCGAAUUGGUCUGGUCURAAAGCUGAUCUCAAUUCAUAUCAACAAAMAUUCUUUGCYUCCAAUCCCCAAGAAAGAACUGUGGUAAAAAAUUGGAAAUCUUUAAAAGAUGCUGUCUCUCAAGCUGCUCUAGAUCACAUCCCAAAGAAGAAAAUUAACGGACGUUGGGACUUACCCUAUAUGUCAAAAGAACUCAAGAGAAUGAUCAGAAAGAAGCAUCGUAGAUAUAAGAAGGCAAAGUUGUCUGGAAAAGCUGAAGAUUGGAAAAAUUUCAAGUACUUGCGUAGAUCUAUCAAAAAAGAACUCCAAUUGGCUCAUGAUAACUAUGUCAAAGAAAUCCUUAACACCUCUGCACUACAUGAGAAGCCCAAACGGUUUUGGUCUUAUAUCAAAGGUUUGAGGAAAGAUAAAACUGGAGUGUCCCAGCUGAAAUUUAAUGGCCUAAUAUCAUCUGAUAGUCAGUCAAAAGCAGGGAUAUUCUCAGCAAUCAGUACCGAGGAAGUGUUCACUAAAGAGGAUCUCGACUCUUUACCAAACCUGCCACCAAGUAAUAUACCUAUAUAA